AUGGCGGUCCAAUUUCAUAAUUUCAUCAACAGAUUUCCAACAAGCAAGAAUCCAGAGCCGGUGAGAAUGUGGUAUGAUCGCCUAAGAACUGCACCUGGGCUUCCACAAGUGUCUUCAGUUUUUGGAAUGGAGGUUUACUUGGAGAAGAAGAAGAAUAUGAAAAAUAUUGCAGAGAAAAGAGAGAGACGUUCAGCAGCAUCAUCAUCAGAUCAAUUAGCACCAAUAGCAAAGCCUAGCUGCGAAAAGCAUUGUGGAGAUGUUACCAUCCCAUACCCUUUUGGGAUUGGCCCUAGCAGCAAUUGUUACUUGUACGAUUGGUUUGAAAUUGAGUGUGACUACACCACCAUCCCACCCAGGCCUUUCUUGAGGCUUGCCAAGCUAGAGGUGCUCAGUAUUUCUAUUGAUGGCACGCUUUGGGUUAACAACCCUGUUACUUUCUUCUAUGGAGGAAAAGGAAUUCGCAAAGUAGCGCCAAAUUUGACGGGAAGCCCUUUCGUGUACUCAGAGAGAUACAAUAGACUCACUGCAGUGAGUUGUGGAUUCUUUUUGGUGGUAAGGUCAGAUGAGAAUGUUGUUGGUGGGUGCAUGUCAACUUGUGAUAAGAAUUAUCAUUCUAGACGCAAUUAUGGAUGUAUUGGUAUUAACUGUUGCCAGACUACCUUUCUGGCAUAUCUCACUGCCAUCACCAUUGAGUUGCAGGCUGAAUACGGAGCAGCUACUGGUGGAAAUGACCACAUGGGAAUGGGAACAGGGACGUGA